CAUUUGCAUGGCACCGUACACACACAUUCACCUCUAGAGCAAUUUAGCAUAUCCUGUCCACCUAGCAACAUGUUUAUGACACUACUAAUGACUGAUGCUUAGUAGUGCCUACUCAGUGUGAUCUCAAGGUCCCUUUCCAGAACCUCCACACUAACUGUCCCUCGGUGGUGGAAUGAACUUCCAACCUCAAUCCGGACCGCAGAAUCUCUCACCAUCUUCAAAAAACAGCUAAAGACCCACCUCUUCCGUGAACACCUAAAAAAAAAAAAAAAACCCCUCCUAAAAAGCACCUUACUCUGGCUCUUACACCUCUGCUCUGCGCACUUUGCUUCUUCUAGAACUCAAUUAAAGAUCUUGUAUGGUAGCACUACUUGUAUUGUUCUCCGCUUGAUAUAUCGCUUUGCUUGUAUUUCCUCAUUUGUAAGUCGCUUUGGAUAAAAGCGUCUGCUAAAUGAAUAAAUGUAAAUGGGAGGAAGGAGGAAAUCGGAUGAUUGCGGAGCCAUAUUGUUGAAAAUGAAACCCAAUAUAAAGCAAAAGAGACUUGAAUAUGGGUAGGAAAAUGUUGCUGAUUUUUCAAGUUCCGCUGUUUUGCUAUGGUCGCUAUGACCUUCUCUACAGUGUGAUCGACUGACUUAUUUUCGUUCUUCAAAGUUGUUCUGUGACGUCCAUAUGCAGAUGCAUUGUACCGUACAUUGUAUUUACACAUGUCAUGAACACCAUAAUGGACAUAAUGUUCAUGUAACCAUUUGGCUAAAUAACCAGUCCUUCUGGUCCACAUCAGAGCAGCGUUUGGAUGUCCAUCUGAAGCUGACGAAGCCAAGGUCAAAGGUCAGUGCACGACUCGUUCCUGAGGAAUGUGAACAUUGCAAAACUUGGCCUAGAAAGCGUGAGGAACACGCUGUCCUGUGUCGAGAGCUGUAGUUAAUCUGACAAAAUGCUCGGCAAGUGGGGACUGUUGCCAGGGAGGAGCAGGAGACACGUGCGCCUGUGCAGUGUCGAAGGUCAGAGGGCUUCCUCUGUUACAUUAGAAGUGCUAGUAUGAAAAGGACAAAAGAUCUUAAGCUCAUGUUCUAGUAUCUGGAGCGUAAGGUUGUUCAGAAUGACUCUGGUGAGUUUGGUAUGUCCUGUCUGUGGUUUAUUCCUUACUCAAUGGUUUCAAACAAAAGCAGGUAGGUAAAUUGGGUAAUAUGUGUUUAUUCAUACUCUGCAUUAAAGGUGCGGUCAGUGAUUUAUUUGUUUUUUUAAAGCCAAAAGAUGUUUGUGUAAUUUUUUGCCAGAUUAAUCUUCUAGAAGGUGUCAUUAAAAUAUCUGUUUCAAGGAAAAACUUUCAGGUCUCUGGCACCCAAGCUCCUGUCAACAGGACAAAAAAACAACAACCGAUUAGCGCAAGGUGUGUCUAUUUGACUGUCAGUCAUAUUGUUUAGCCUAGACAGUGGUUUGCAGGUAUGCGUUUCAGGGACGUAGCUUUGGAGGAACUACUGAAUGAGAUUCAAAAUGGCUAUCUUCUACCCAAAACACCAACUGUUAUUGAUCUUUAUACUUACGGUUGUAGAUAAUUAUAAUUUUUGUUAUGUUCUGCGAUAUGAAACACAUUUUGCAUUUAUUAAGAAUUUAGGAUUUCAUGCAUUCUUGAUCUCGGGAUCGGACAUGCUGUUGUCGUUAAGCUAUUUUGACUAGCACGAGAGACAUAGUGUGAUUGACUCAGGAAGUACAAUCAAACGCCUGAAAAUUCUCAUAUUACGUAAGUCAUCUACGGCUAAUUCUUUAGGGAUGAGGCGACUUUGUAACUGACUGAAUCAGAACAGAUUGUUCUUGGCAUCUCUAAGAAUAAACAGGAAGUGUUUGUUUCAGUUUUGAGGCAUAGGGUUAAAUUAGAUGAAGUUACUGUUCAGUCUGUAAAGAUGUGAUCUUCCUAUUCCACAGGCUGUAGCCUAAUUUAGGAACAGGAUCUAGAUUGCGGCCCGAAUCACAAAAAUUGGACUCCGUCUGUAAUGGCGUCAUUAGAAGAUUGUCAGUCUUUAAGUCUGUAAUAAUAACUCAGUGCCGUUAACUUCCUUUUUUCUGCUGAUUGCUAAUUUCAGAUGAACAUGACAACGCUGAACUGUUUUUCUGCUUCUUGUAAACACAUUGCUGAGAUUUUUUCCGGCUGACAGCUGUUUACACAUCAUGUGCCUCCCUAGCAGAAGCUUCAUGUAAACACGUCCUGUUUGUCCACAGCCAUGUGACUUAAUCAAGUGAAUACGCACGCAGCAGACCCAUGCAGACCCAUUAAUCCCCAUGUCUUCAGACAAGGUCGGCUCAUUUCAAAGCACCCUGCAUCAACAGGACCCCAAGGUCAUCCAUGAGGUCGACGGAGGUCACGAUUUGAGACAUGCACCUGUUUCUUGGGACUCCUUGUUCUACAGAAGAUGGCUUGUAUCAGAAGAAAUCUAACACACAGGUGCCUGCAGACAUCCAGGCAUGAACCAGACUCAAGUUUCUACUCGUCUUGUAUCUGCAACUCAAAUCUGCACUUUAUGAUCCUAUAUUCGUUUGUGGGAUUUGAUACGGAGCUUAACAUAGGAACGCUUCAGAACCUGAAAAACCAUGCAGCCUAGAUAGCAGACUUGACUUGUUUGGCCCAUCCAGCGCGGAGAGGAUGCCUCCCCGGAAGCGCACGCGGCCCGGCCUGGGCCUUCUGUGCUGCUUCGGCAGCAGCGAGCCCCCCGAGAUUAACCUAAAGGACAGUGUUCCCCUGCAGCUACUCGAGUUCAGCGCCCCCAUGCCCCCGGAGGAGGAACUGAAUGCCCGCUUUUCUGAACUGGUGGAUGAACUGGAUCUCACCGACAAGAACAGAGAGGCCAUGUUUGCUCUGCCUGCUGAGAAGAAAUGGCAGAUCUACUGCAGCAAGAAGAAGGAGCAAGAGGAUCCCAACAAGCUCGCUACCAGCUGGCCCGACUACUACAUCGACCGCAUCAACUCCAUGGCUGCUAUGCAGACCCUUUUUGCGUUUGACGAGGAGGAGAUGGAGAUGAGGAAUAAAGUGGUUGAAGAUCUGAAAACAGCACUUCGUACUCAGCCCAUGAGGUUUGUGACGCGCUUCAUCGAACUGGACGGCCUCACGUGUCUGCUGAACUUCCUGAGGAGCAUGGACUACGAGACGUCAGAGAGCCGCAUCCACACUUCCGUCAUCGGCUGCAUCAAAGCACUGAUGAACAACUCUCAGGGCCGAGCGCACGUCCUGGCCCACCCACAGAGCAUCGACACCAUCUCCCAGAGCUUGCGCCAGGACAACGUCAAGACCAAGGUGGCCGUGCUGGAGAUCCUUGGUGCUCUCUGCCUGGUACCUGAUGGCCAUAAGAAAGUGCUGCAGGCUAUGGCGCACUAUCAGAAGUACGCCGCUGAGAGGACACGCUUCCAGACUCUUCUGCAUGAGUUGGACAGGAGCACAGGCCGCUACAGGGACGAGGUCAACCUGAAGACUGCCAUCAUGUCCUUCAUCAACGCUGUGCUAAACGCGGGACCUGGAGAGGACAAUCUUGAGUUUCGUCUUCAUCUAAGGUACGAGUUCUUAAUGUUGGGGAUCCAGCCAGUCAUCGACAAGCUCAGAGGUCAUGAGAACGCAACUCUCGACAGACAUUUGGACUUUUUCGAGAUGGUGCGGAAUGAAGAUGACAGCGAACUGGCCAAACGCUUCGACAUGACGCACGUGGAUACGAAGAGCGCCGGCCAGAUGUUUGAGCUAAUUAAGAAGAAGCUGAGCCACACAGAUGCCUAUCCUCAUCUUCUGUCUAUUCUCCAGCACUGCCUGCAGAUGCCAUAUAAACGUGGAGCGGGCAGUGUACAGCAGUGGCAGCUUCUAGACCGAAUCCUUCAACAGAUUGUUCUGCAGGAUGACAAAGGGGAAGACCCAGAUGUUUCUCCUUUGGACAAUUUCAACGUCAGGAACAUAAUUAGAAUGCUUGUCAAUGAGAAUGAGGUGAAACAGUGGCGAGACCAGGCUGAGAAAUUCAGGAAAGAGCAUGCAGAACUCAUGGCCCGACUUGAGAGGAAGGAGCGAGAGUGUGAGAUCAAAACACAAGAGAAAGAAGACAUGAUGAAGACUCUGAACAAGAUGAAAGACAAGCUGCAGAGAGAAGGAGUAGAGCUGCGCUCUGCCAGGGAGCAAGUUUUAGACUUGUCUUCUCGGAUUAAUGAUAUUUCUAAUGGAAGUAUGGCGUUCCCUCCACCUCCUCCUCCACCUGGAGGUCCUAUGCCUCCACCUCCUCCUCCAACAAUGGCUGGUUUCCCUCCACCUCCUCCUCCACUCCCCUUCUGCCCGGCUCCUCCUCCACCACCACCUCCUCCAGGGGGUCCGCCUCCUCCUCCCGGAGCUCCACCCAUCUUCUCCGGUGCUCCACUCCCACCGGUGCCCGCUUCCUUCAGCAGCAGCACGAGCCUGCGCAACAAGAGCAUCCCACAGCCAUCACACCCACUCAAGUCUUUCAACUGGGCCAAGCUGGGCGAGAACAAGAUCACUGGUACCAUUUGGCACGACAUCGAUGACCUGCGGGCUUUCAAAGUCCUUGACCUGAAAGAUAUUGAGAAGAUGUUUUCGGCGUAUCAGAGGCAGCAAGAGCUGCUCACUAACCAAUCCUUCAAGCAGAAGGAGACUGGCUCAAUGGAUGACUUGUACCUAAGCUCAAGGAAAGUGAAGGAGCUGUCCGUCAUCGAUGGGCGGCGGGCGCAGAACUGCGUUAUCUUACUCUCCAAGUUGAAAAUGAGCAAUGAGGAGAUCAAGAGAGCCAUUCUGGAAAUGGACGAGAGAGAGGAGCUGGCUAAAGAUAUGCUAGAGCAGCUGUUAAAGUUUGUUCCUGAAAAGAGUGAUAUUGACCUUCUGGAGGAACACAAGCAUGAGCUGGACCGCAUGGCACGCGCCGACCGCUUCCUCUACGACAUGAGCAGGAUUGAUCACUACCAGCAGAGGCUCCAGUCACUAUUCUUUAAAAAGAAGUUUGCAGAACGACUUGCAGAGACCAAGCCGAAGGUUGAGGCUAUUGUGUGUGCGUCCCGUGAGGUGAUGAGGAGUAAACGUCUGACUCAGAUUUUGGAGGUGGUCCUGGCCUUUGGGAACUUCCUGAAUAAAGGCCAAAGAGGGAAUGCCUAUGGCUUCAAAGUGUCCAGCCUGAACAAGAUUGUAGACACCAAGUCAAGCAUAGACAGGAACAUCACCAUGUUGCACUACCUGAUCAUGAUUUUUGAGAAGAACUAUCCUGACACUCUCAACGUCCAGCACGAACUGCUCAGCGUACCAGAGGCAGCAAAAGUCAAUCUGGCUGAACUGGAGAAGGACGUCUACAGUAUAAAGAGUGGACUAAAGGCUCUGGAAGCAGAGCUGCAGUAUCAGCAGAGCCGGCCUCGGGACAGAGGAGACAAGUUCAUCCCUGUGGUCAGUGACUUCAUCACGGUGGCUAGUUUCAGCUUCUCUGAGCUGGAAGAUCUGCUGAACGAGGCAAAGGAGAAGUUUUCCAAGUCUCUGAAGCACUUUGGAGAGGAGCAGAUGCGCAUGCAGCCAGACGAGUUCUUCGGGAUCUUCGACACCUUCCUGCAGUCGUUCAACGAGGCUCGGCAAGACCUGGAGAACAUGCAGCGUCGCAAAGAGGAGGAAGAGAAGCGAGCGCGCAUGGAGGCCAUGCUGAAAGACCAGAGGGAGCGAGAGAGGAGGGCAAAGAAGAGUGCAGGAGGGGGCGUGUCCGAGGAAGUGGGCGAGUUCGAUGACCUGGUGUCAGCCCUUCGCUCAGGAGAAGUGUUUGAUAAGGACCUGUCGAAGCUCAAACGCAACCGCAAGCGCUCCGUCAACCAGCUCGUGGAAAGCAGUGGGCGCGAGAGACCCAUCACCAAGGUCAACUAUUGAUAUUGACUUCUGGGAGAAAAAAAACUUUCAUUCACUGACUUGUAUAAUGUACGUGAAGGAAAAAAUCCUAACUGCCAUCUGCCUCCCUAUUCACCCAAACAUCCUAACCAGUGAUGGCUCGCAUCCUAAAGGCAGACAGAUUCAUAGAUCUUGGUGGACAGUUCUUGAGGUGUCGGAAAUUCUUACAGCACUGUGCUCAAUAAAUAGGCUUUCUCUAACCUUGUCCUUAUCCCACAUCCUACAUUGUCUUCCUCCACCCAUAGUCUGUGGUUUAUUUCUCCAAGCAAACUCAAACUGUCGCCUCAAACUGCCUAGCACCAUGGGAUUUCCCAUGUACCCGAGUGCACAAGCUUGGGUCCAGUUCUUAAUAUUCUCAAUACAGAGAAGACCAAGAUGGCAGGGCAGGACCCGGUACCAUAACCAAUAGAACUAGUUCUGUUUGGGGAAAAUUUGGACAAAAUAUCGGGGCAUUCAUGCAAGCACUUCUCGAAAAACUGUUGAAAGACACUGCCAUCCACGUUAGGUGCUGAUACCCAAUGUGCCUCUCUCUCCACCUACUAUAUUUCUCUGGUGCUUUGACUAAGAGGACCAUUGGUGUAUAUGGGAACUAAAAGAGAGAGAGAGAGACAGGGAUAGACCCAUAUCUGCAGCUCUUAACCCAGCUAAGUGAUGGGUCCAACUAAUUUUUUUUCCAAAAGUUAGACAACUUUGGAGACAAGUGAAGAAAAAUGAAGGAGGUGAACCCUUUAAAGUCGGGAUAGCCAGCUAGGAAAACAGGACACUGUGUUCUCAGUCGUGUUGGCCCUUUACCCAAGUGCCUCCCCAUACCGAUGGCAUUUCCAAGGAUGACACGGGAGACAAGUCGGAAAUGCCGAGAAAGCACAGCACUUCUAGGAAAAGACACCGUGAAGAACCGACAUGCUCUGAGAUAAGGACGAUGCUGUAGGCACGCCUCAUUGGCAAGUAAAAAGAGUUUCCAAGGAUUGUGGUGGCAUUACCUGGUGCCAAAGCAAAAAUCAGGAAAGUAACUAUGUAGUAGACAAUAAUAAAUGCAAGUAGAAUGGCAUUUAUAUAUUUAUUUAUACAGGGGGGAAAAAAAAGCAAAACAUGCUAAUUUCAAAACCUUUUUUAAUUCUUCAUAUUUUCUAGUUUGUACUUCUAAUACUUUAAUUUGAUAGGUAUUUCUUUCAUGUAUUUAAAAAAAAAAAAAAGAAGAAGAAAAAAAAAAAAAAAAAGAA